CUAAUUUCAGCUUGUUUUCAAAUAGUUUCCAACUUGGAUGUUGCUGUAUUUACCACUUUGUCGUCGCACCAUUUCUAUCACUUCCUUGAGGCUUUCGUCGGCAGUUCCUCACGGUGCUCAUGGUGAAGAGAAUAUUGAAAGGAAGCCAGCAGAUUACAGACCUGGUUCCGACUCUUAUGCGUAUGAAAAUCCAUGGCCGAAAUUAAAUGGUAGUCGUCUGGAUUGGCUAUUUGGUGAUGGCUGGAGAAGACCACUGGCAAAAGAUCAGGGCGGUCAGAUUCGUCGUAACUGGAUUUGGUUUGGUUUGUCUCCUUAUGAUGAACAUGCUGAUUGGUUGAAAUUUCAUCAAUACAUGUUUGUUUUGUUAACGAUAAUGGUUAGUUGGGUGACGCUGUACAUUCUUUAUGCUGCUCCUGAUUGGCCACAAGCGAGAGAUUGGGCAUAUCGAGAGGCUCAUUUGGAAAUGGCGCGAAGGGAAAAAGCAGGCUUACCAUAUAUCAGCAAAGACUUAGUUCGAUCAGACAAAAUUUUCCUUCCAUCGGAUGAGGAACUUCAGAACUUCGAAAUUACCAUUUAGAUAAUUUUGGUUAUUGUAAAUAUGCCUUAAUUUUAGGAAUGACCCAAUAGUUUGUUGCAUUCAUUUCACCAAAUUACUAAAGCAUUCAAUGGAAUGAAAUGUUACAUUCAAAGUUUUUGAAGAUGUCCAUGUUAACGAUCCAUCUAUGUUAAUCUGUAAUACAUACAUCUGAUGCCUCUGUUGAAAUAUUCUAUCCUUGAUUUCAUGUGGGAACAUUAGAUUAACUAUGACUUCGAACACUAUAUAAAAAUUCGACUCGAAAAAUCAAAUCCUUAAAUCUUUGAACUGAGAUAUCUUUCUUUUUCAAAAUCUCGUUGGCUGAAUAUCACUGUUUAUUUUGCAGUUAAAUGUAACAUGUGUUUAAUCUGUUAGAGGAUGCAGUAUCUUAGAGAAAAGUGUUAUAGACUCGUAACUUAUGUGUUUCUGAGACACAAUGUAUUUAGCACCGAACAUGGAUUAAACGGAUGUGAUGUUGUUGCCUAAAUUAAAUGAAUGACAAAGCAAUUUUAUAUCUCUCGGGAACUGUGCCAUUCAUUUCAAUAGGAAGAUAAAGGACAUAAGAAUCAUCUCCAAGCUCUGCGUUUGUUCGUUUGGCUUC